CAUCUUUAUUCAAAUCUCUCUCUCUCUCUCUCGCCCCAUGGACGUACGGUAUCCUAGCCAUGCUGUCUUUCUCAAGCUCUCUCUGUCUCUCUCUCUCUCUCUCUCUCUCUCUCUCUAGCUAGUCUUGCUUAAAGCAAGCUGCAGGCUGUCCUUCUCAUGGCCGGCUGCUGUCUUUCUCAAUAACUCCAGGCUUCCACACUUGCAGAUAGCUAGAGAGAAGAAAGGAAGAAAAUGAAAAUGAAUUAAUUAGCCUCCUGCCUUCCUUCCCCUGGCACCCUAUCUACGUCAUUCUCAACCGGUGCAAUUCAAAUAAAUAAAUUUAGAAAAAAAAAAAAAUGUAUUCCUCAAAUAGUAACACUAAUAUUCCCAUCUCCUAUUCUGACCAUCCAUUUCUCCAGAGGCCUUUUCUCAAUGACAUCAUCUCCAGUACCACCUCCAGCUUCUUUCCCUUCGAAGACGACGACGUUUACAACAACCUCCUUCACCUUCACCACCCCUCCUCCUCCUUAACCCAAACCAACAUGGUCGAAUCUACCAAAACUCACAUCACUGAGCAGAUCCCGAGGAAAAGAUGUUCCAAGCGCGACCGCCACAGCAAGAUUAACACUGCCCGAGGACCCAGGGACCGGAGAAUGAGGUUGUCCCUCGAUGUCGCCCGCAAGUUCUUCGGCCUCCAAGACAUGCUAGGCUACGACAAGGCUAGCAAGACCGUUGAGUGGCUUCUCGUGCAAGCCAAACCUGAAAUCAACAAGCUCGCCGGAGAGAUCAACAGCAAGAGCACCACCGCUUGCUGCAGCUUUGCUUCUUCUACUUCUGAUGAUCACUCGUGCGAAGUUGUCGAUCAUGAUCAUCGUAGUAGUAAAGUGAAGGCGGCGAAAGAGAAGAAGAAGAUUAGGGAGUGGAGAAAAUGUGCGUUUCACCCACUUGCAAGGGAGUCAAGGGAGAAGGCGAGGGCAAGGGCAAGGGAGAGAACAAGAGAAAAGAUGAGGAGUCGAGUAGGAGAUGAUUUGAUGGAAAUUACGACACAAAGCCAUAGCAAUUUGAAGGCAGCAGCAGAAGACAACAUCGUUAACGAUGAUUCUUUGGUGAUUAUUGGCACGUGGAGCCCAUCUGUGAUCUUCAGUUCUCUAAACAACAAUACAGCAAUUUCCCAAGAGCAUCAAUUGGGAGACUUCCAAUUCUUUGGCAAACCAUGGGAGGGAUGAUACAUUAACCAUAACCAUGUGAAUGUGUCGUUAUGAUCUGAUGAUGAUGCUUGUCAACUCAAUAAACAUCAGCUGCGUGCAGUACUAGGAUGGAUGGAUAUGUGUAUGCUUUCUUUCUGUUUGGAAUGUAAUUCAUGCGAAUGAACUACUUACUGUUAUGUCCUUUUUUUUCAUGAUAAUUAAUAAUGUUUAUCUUC